AUGUCCAGCAACAUUAAAGGAGUUCAUGCAAAAAUUUCAGAAAAGUUAAAACGAGUUGUACCUUAUAUUCCAUGUCAAGCUCAUCGAACUAAUACUUUUGUUGAACAUGCGGUUAAAAGAAAUAAAAUGGCUUCAAAUGUCUUUGAAGUUCUUGAAAUGUGCUACGUAUUUAUUUCUUCAAGUACUAAACGAUUCAGCUUACUUAAUUCUAAACUUGAGUUUAUUGAAAAUUCCUUGAAACUUCGCAAUCUUUCAAAGACUAGAUGGUCAGCGCGUUCAGAAUCCAAUCAAGCAUUUUGGAUAAGCAUGGAAUCUAUUGUUGAAUGUUUUUAUGAAAUAAGUCAGUCCAAUUUAUUUGAUAAGAAAACAAAGGAUCAAGCUUUAGCAAUACUUAAAAAAAUCGUGAAUCCAGACUUUAUCAUUAUGCUUAUGCUUAUCAAAGGAGUCAUUGCAAAAACAAAGAUUCUUAAUGAUGAGUUGCAGAAAGUUGAGUUGAACAUUUUAGAUGCUAAAAUGAUUGUAUUGUCUACAAUACAAUCUCUUGAACGAAAUAGAAAAGAAGAAUUUGAAGUACAUCGUGAAAUUGAUGCAGCAAUUAAAAUAUGUAGCAAGUAUGAAAUCGAUACGAUAAAAAUAUACAAAGAUCGUCAUAGACGAAGAGUAACUCCAAAACGCUAUGAUGACAAUCCUGAUACGCUAUGUUCUAGAAAUAUCUAUCAAUACUACACCCAACAACUUAAUUGCGUGUUAGACUGUCUUAUUUACGAAAUGAAUGAAAAUUUACUGGCUUCAUGGUUGAGCAUUGAACCAUUUUCUCUUCUUCAGCAGUCAACAAAAACCUUUACAAUAAAAGAUGUCGAAAAAUUGUGCCUAUUAAUGCCAAAUAAUGGAGUAAAUACAGAUGCUCAUUUAUUUCAUGCAGAGUUAGAAAUUUUUAUGAACACAUUUACUAAAUCUGAUGCUCCAACAAACAAUGAAAAAUUAAAACUGUCGUGGCCAGGACAAAACAUAUUCCCAGGAGUUUUCAAAGCUUUCAAGCUAAUGGCUUCAGCACCAGUGUCCGUUGCAAGCGAUGAAAGAACAUUUAGCAAAUUAAAAAUUGUUAAAAAUAUUUUGCGUUCUACUAUGUCAGAUGCAAGAUUGGAGUCAUUAAUUUUGUUGGCGUCAGAAAAAGAUUUAGUGGACAAUAUAGAUCUUGACGUGUUGGUAAAAAAAUGGUCUAUAACAACACAAAGACGUAUUCAAAUUAAGUAA